UCCCUCUCCCCGCUCAUUCAUCCACAAUGUCACGGCAGGACAGGGCAACCACAGAACGGCACACAAAGAUCCUCCGCGAGCUCGUAAAGCGCCCAGAAAACAAGACCUGCUCAGACUGCAAACACAACGAUCCCCGCUGGGCCUCAUGGAACCUCGGCGUAUUCCUGUGCAUCCGCUGCUCAGGCAUCCACCGCGGCAUGGGCACCCACAUCAGCAAGGUCAAGUCCAUCGACCUCGAUACCUGGACCCCCGAGCAGAUGGAGUCCAUCACGAAAUGGGGCAACCGCAGGGCAAAUCUCUACUGGGAAGCCCACCUCAAAUCCGGCCACGUCCCUCCAGAUCAUAAAAUGGAGUCCUUCAUCCGCUCAAAGUACGAGUCCCGCCGCUGGGCAAUGGACGGCCCGCCCCCCUCCGACCCCGCC